AGAUUCCCCAUAGGACACCGGAGAAAGCCUGAAGUCUUAACUGUCAAAGAAAAAACAUCAAAAGGAAAAUGAUGUUGAAGCUAUUACUCAGUCUGUUCCUACUGAUUGUUAGCACUUUGGGACAAACUUCAAAACCAACGACCUCAUAUUCUAUGACAACCUCUAAGCAGAUCAGUCCAAAUUCAAAGACAAUUCCAAAUUCCAAGACAACCCUGAAUUCCGAGACAACCCUGGACUCCAAGACAACCCUGAAUUCCGAGACAACCCUGGACUCCAAGACAACCCUGAAUUCCAAGAGAACUCUGGACUCCAAGACAACCCCAAAUUCCGAGACAACCCUGGACUCCAAGACAACCCCAAAUUCCAAGAGAACCCUGGACUCCAAGACAACCCCAAAUUCCAAGAGAACCCUGGAUUCCAAGACAACCCUGGACUCCAAGACAACCCUGAAUUCCAAGAGAACCCUGGACUCCAAGACAACCCCAAAUUCCAAGAGAACCCUGGAUUCCAAGACAACCCUGGACUCCAAGACAACCCUGAAUUCCAAGAGAACCCUGGACUCCAAGACAACCCCAAAUUCCAAGAGAACCCUGGACUCCAAGACAACCCUGGAAAUUCCAAGAGAACCCUGGAUUCCAAGACAACCCUGGACUCCAAGACAACCCCGAAUUCCAAGAGAACCCUGGAUUCCAAGACAAUCCUGAAUUCCAAGACAACUUCAAAGAUCCAAAGAACCCCAGAUCCUAAGACGACUUCAAAUUCCCAGACAAUUAUGAAAACAAAAACGACUCCAAAGACAGCCACAACCAUGAAUACGGUGACUAUGAAAAGUCAUGGCACCACACUGAAUCCAACAGACAGCAUUCACUUUCUUUUCUAUGUAAUAUUUUUGCUGUUUUGUGUGCACUCAGGCUGAAGCAGACUUGGACUGUCUGCACUGCUAUCUCAGUUCAUUGUUAUCUGACAAAUGACAAUAAGCACACUACG